CUGCUCUCCCCACCAUGCCGUCUCACCAGUAUUGGUGUUAGACGUAUGUCUUAUUUGUUUUAUGUGAUGUCCUAUGGUUCCAUUGGGGAAAGAAGCAAAUUCUCCGGGACAUCAUUGAGAUGGGUUUGUCACCUGUCCUUGGAAGGGAGCGCCGAGCUUGUAUGUGCUUGUAUGCCUCGCCAUGUAUUCUCCUCCUUUGGUUCUUCGCUUGUACUGUUGCUGUGACUGGUAUCUGUUCUAUCUGUGGGGAAAUCUCUCUUAGCUUUGGUCUCUGUGUCUGUGCUUGGUUCCUUGGUGUGAUUAAUCAUUGUGACGCUCUCUUUAUGUACUCCUGGUGCAUCAAAUCCAUGCCGUUUUCAUGGAGUCUCACAUUCACCCGCAAGUUUUGUUCUAUAGAAUGUUUCGUACAUGUCAAAAUGGUGAAAGGCAAAGAUGGAGCGUGGCGCAGGUACGGAGGUGUCUUUCUGUGCUGAUACAUGUAUUGUGUGUAGUAUACAAUGAAAAGCCUGUUUUUGCAAUGAUACAGCGUGAUAUGCAGAGGAACGGAAGAAGGCGGAAUACCGGAUGGUACCGGAAAAGAAAUCUCAGAUUGGCCAUAAUUGAACACAGAUUAUCCCAGCCCGUUCAGUCCAGGGCCAUAUCUGUUAACCCGCUGGCCAGUCGCCUCCUAUAUAGACUGCGGGUGUUAGGCUGAUUUCCACCCGGCGGACGACCGGCGGGUCACUUCGUUCUAUCCACGCCCUGGCUAGCCCGGGGUUCGACAAAUGCACCACCUGUGUAGGUGGCUAUGCCGGACCUGGACCUGGACCGAA